UUUAUUUUCUUGCCCUGUAUUACAGUAGAUGAGUAGAAUAUUAUAAACGACAUGGCAGCCGAAGAGCAAGAUCAGUCCGAUUUGGAGAAGAGAAUUAUUGAAGCUUUUGAAGUAUUUGAUCAUGCUGGGAACAAAUCAAUUGAUGUCCGUGAAGUUUGUACUAUUGUUCGUUCCUUAGGAUGUUGUCCAACUGAAGCAGAAAUACAAGAAAUUCUUGUUGCAGUUGAAGAUCAAGAAACAUCAGGAAGUGUUCAGCUUGACAAAUUUUUACCAGUAAUGAAACAGAUAAUCCAGGAAAACAGAUUGCAACCAGCUUCACCUGAAGAACUUUUAAAGGCAUUCCUGACACUGGAUCCAGAGAACAAGGGGUAUCUCACCAAAGAUUAUCUGAGUAAAGCAAUGAUGGAAGAAGGUGAACCGUUCACUCAGGAAGAAUUGGAUGAAAUGAUGGCUAUUGCUAUUGAUGGUGAAACAGGGAAUAUCCCUUACGAAUACUACAUUAAUCAAUUGAUGGUGGAGUAAACAGUAUUGUUUUGUUCAGAGAUCAUUAAAUAAGAGGAUUUAUAUCUAUUUACUACCCAAAUCAUCUCUGGAACAUGGAGCAAAAAAGUAAACUUCUUUAAUACAUAUACACGCAAAGAGGGCAGUAGAAUGUGGAAAAAAUUUUGUUUAUAAUGGAAGGCCUGUAAUGACAGCUGAGUUUAAUUAUUUCUACUAACCAUUUAAAACUGCAUAUCAUACAUCAAGGUUAACAUUAUCAUACAUCAUGGUUAACAUUAUAAUUCAUUAACCCACAGUAACAACUAACAUAUGUCUGACAGUUGUUAGCGAAUUUUAUAGAUAUACCAUCACAAGGGGUUGUAGGUAGCCUUCAUUAGCCAAUAAGAUUGCCAUAACUGAUUGUAAUUAAUAUACAUCAUGAUUUUAAAAAGUUACAACCACCAAACGCAAAAAUGAGACAUUAUCCACUCUUACUGUGUAAGAAGUUGAGAGAAUCAUGCAUUGAACAAUGUGGUAAAAUAAUAAUGGUGAAUGAAAGUGUUUCUAAGGUGUAAAUAAGUCAAAGCAGGCACUAGAAAGCCAAAACAUUAAGAUGUCAUCAUAAUUGAGUCCAUGUUGUUUCUCAACACUGCUUUUAUAAUGAGUUAUGUGUUUAUCACUAGUUUCUUUUCUUUCACAUUAGAAAUGUACUGAGUACGAUGAUGAUUUUGUGUAUUGCUGUGGACUUAUUUUAAUGUGGUGCUUAAUUUUGCUUUUUAAGUCAGUAUAUUACUUUAUUCUUCAAUUUCUUAUUUUCUUGGAUGUGUGGUUAAAUUAUGUAUCUCAGCUGCUACAAAAACUACUCUGACUAUUACCUGAUUACCAUAAAAUACACAAUAUUACAAAAGUAAGCAUAUAGUGGCCAUCAAUUACUAUGAUCUGCUUCAGAUACAAUCCAAAUAAAAUUAUGUAAACAACAAGCAGGAACUGUGAUGAAAUGAUACUCUCCUUCAUAUUCUCUCUCUGUUUUGUGAAUGAUAACAGACAUACUCUUCAAGAAUGUGGAUCAGUCAUCAUGAAAUCCCAACUAUCUGCAAUAUUGUCUCAAAAUUAUAAUACUGUAGAAAUUAGU